AUGGCCGAUGAUGGAGUCAAUCCGAAGGCCUUCCCAUUGGCCGACACCAACCUUUCGCAAAAGCUCAUGGAUCUUGUUCAACAAGCCAUGAACUACAAGCAACUCAAGAAAGGUGCCAACGAGGCUACCAAGACUUUGAACAGAGGUAUCGCCGAAGUACGUUUCUAAAUUCAAUACCUGGAAUUCAAAUAUAUGAUCUAAUUUUUGCAGGUCAUCGUCAUGGCUGCUGAUGCCGAGCCUUUGGAGAUCAUUCUCCACUUGCCUCUCUUGUGUGAGGACAAGAAUGUACCAUACGUCUUUGUUAGAGUGAGUUUUUGAAUAUCAUGAAACCCCUGAACUUUUCUUUACCAAUUGUCAAAAUUUCUGUCUCGAGUUCUUUUGUUUACAACCCUUAUCAUAAAGGAAAAAAGGCAAGCGAACAGGAAAAUUUUCAACAAAAAAGUGAUUAACUCCGGGUUCCUAGAGAGCAGUCCCGUCAUAUGAUAAACGUUUUUCUAGGACAAAAUUUCGAAAUUUCACGUCAGGUUGUUCCGUUAAUCAACAAUCAAAAAUGUAACUAUAGCCUACUAUACCGGGUUCAAUUUUUUGUACUGUAUUCAAAACAAAAAACACUAUGUUGCCAAUGAUAACAAAAUCAAAUUUAUUGCGUAGUUUUGGGUCAAAGUGUGUGGUCUGUUCGUUUUUCGAACACAAAUCAACUACAGUCUGAAAUUGAAUUAGGAACCUGUUUUGUUUUCAAAAUUUUUGAAGUUGUAUACUUGAAAAGGCCUUUCAAAAGAUAUAGUGUUUUUCCAAGGUUAUAAAAACUCUUUUGCUCAUAGAAAAACACAAAGUGCACUAGAAACCCUAGUCUUUUCGUGACUUCUAGAAAGUAAAAUAUCUCCAAUUUUCAAUCCAAAACAAAUUUUUUCCAGAGCAAGGCUGCAUUGGGACGUGCCUGCGGAGUCACUCGCCCAGUCAUCGCCGCUUCAAUCACCCAAAACGAAGGAUCUCAACUCAAACCUCAAAUUCAAAAACUCAAGGAGGACGUCGAAAAACUUCUCAUCUAA